AUGACGGGCGGUUCAAACUACAACAGUACAACAAAGUCUCAGAGCGACGUGGGGCACGAAGGAUCAUUCAAAGCAAAUAUCCAUGGAAACUUCGAUGAUGACGUGGCGUUUAGGAGGAAGACUAUGGAUGAACAGAAUAUAGCCGAGAAGAAGAGUACGCCAGUUGUGAAAAACUUCAAUGCUCCGUACUUUAUGAUGUGGUUUAACACAAAUCUGAUGCUUCUCUGCUUUCCAGCUUAUAUUAUUGUAGACAAGAUUAGAUCAAGAAGAAGUAUUGGGGAUAUUGUAGGAGAAACAUUUCGAACUUUUGGAAAGAAAAAGGGAUUCAGUAUCCGGAAUAUGUUCGUAUAUGUGACCCCGUUUGUAUUCUUCUGGGUCGGUGCCAACUAUCCAUAUGUUCGAGCUCUUCUACUCAUAACUCCGAGUGUUGCCACGUCGAUCAGUGCAUGUAAUGCAGCAUUUGUAUAUAUUUUAGCUAUCAUCCUUCUUGGAGACACUUUCAACAUUUUCAAGAUUUUCUCAGUAGUGCUCGCUAUCGGAGGAGUGGUUGUGAUCUCAAUGGAUAACGAAAUGAAAAUCGAAUGGCUCGGAAUUCUAUUCGCGUUUCUUUCCGCAUUCAUGGCAGCUGUUUACAAGGUUUCAUUCAAAAAGAUCAUUGGAAACGCGUCCCUCGGCGAUGUUUCACUUUUCAUGACUUGUUUGGGAUUUUUGAACUUGACCAUCAAUUGGAUUCCUUCGCUGAUUUUGGCGCUGACUGGCGCUGAAACUCUACAUUUUGCAUAUGCGCCAUGGGGACCUAUGGUUGGAGCUGCACUUCUUUCUAUGGCAUUCAAUUUCACAAUCAACUUUGGAAUCGCUCUUCUGAAUCCUCUUGUUAUUUCAGUUGGAAUGUUGCUAGGAAUCCCACUAAACACUUUAAUCGACAUCAUCUUCCGCAGCUUGGACGCAACUCCUUUAUUCAUAAUCGGCACAUGUCUGAUCUGUCUUUCCUUCCUGCUUAUCAUCAUCCCUUACGAUAAACUGGGAAUCAAUGGAAACUGCUGGAAGAAUAACAAAACUUCUGCAGAGGAAAUCUGCGAAAAAAUGUAG